CUCCCGGCUCCCGGCUGCCCGCGCCCGGCACCCCGUGCCCGGCACGGAGCCGUUUCUCUAAGGACGUGCAGCCGAGGCGAGGGGGUGUGAGGACGCGGGAGGCAGUGUCGUCGGAUCCGCCCGCAGUCCGCAGCCCCGCCGAGCCUGGAAGCUGCCGGGAUGGAGCCGCCGCUCCCGCUUGGAGUCCAGCCCCUUGCCACUAUCGAGGGUAUGGAGAUAAAGGGUCCUGUCCGGGAGCCCUGCGCCCUGACCCUAGUCCAGAGGAACGGGCAGUAUGAGCUAAUAAUCCGGUUGCACAAGAAGGAACAGCAUGUUCAAGAUAUCAUUCCUAUAAAUAGCCACUUUAGAUGUGUUCAAGAAGCAGAAGAAACUCUUUUGAUUGACAUAGCUUCAAACAGUGGCUGCAAAAUUCGGAUUCAGGGGGACUGGACCAGAGAGCGCCGCUUUGAAAUCCCUGAUGAGGAACGCUGUCUGAAGUUCCUCUCAGAGGUCCUUGCUGCUCAGGAAGCGCAGUCACAACUUCUUGUUCCAGAGCAGAAGGACUCAUCCAGCUGGUACCAGAAAUUAGACACUGAGGACAACUCUUCUGUUUUUUCAGGGCUUCUUGGAUUUGAGGAUAAUUUUUCAUCUUUGAAUUUGGACAAGAAAAUAAAUUUGCAGAAUCAGCCUACAGGGGUUCAUCGGGAACCGCCACCCCGACCGUCUUCAGUGAAUAGAAUGCUUCCACGUGAAAAGGAAGCUUCUAACAAGGAACAGCCCAAAGUGACCAAUACCAUGCGGAAGCUCUUUGUACCAAACACCCAGUCUGGGCAGCGGGAGGGUCUCAUCAAACACAUCCUGGCAAAGCGAGAGAAAGAAUAUGUCAACAUUCAGACUUUCAGAUUCUUUGUUGGAACAUGGAACGUGAAUGGCCAGUCUCCAGAUAGUGGGCUAGAACCUUGGCUGAACUGUGAUCCGAAUCCUCCUGAUAUCUACUGCAUUGGAUUCCAAGAGCUGGACUUGAGCACAGAAGCCUUUUUCUACUUUGAAUCUGUGAAGGAACAAGAGUGGUCCUUGGCUGUGGAGAGGGGUUUGCAUUCCAAAGCCAAGUAUAAGAAAGUUCAACUGGUCCGCCUCGUUGGGAUGAUGCUCCUGAUAUUUGCCAGAAAGGACCAGUGGCGAUAUAUCCGUGAUGUUGCUACAGAAACAGUUGGGACUGGAAUCAUGGGGAAGAUGGGAAACAAAGGUGGGGUAGCUGUGAGAUUUGUAUUUCACAACACUACCUUUUGCGUUGUCAAUUCCCACUUGGCUGCCCACGUGGAGGACUUUGAGAGAAGGAAUCAGGAUUAUAAGGACAUCUGCGCACGAAUGAGUUUUGUGGUCCCAAAUCAGACCCUCCCACAGCUGAACAUCAUGAAACAUGAUGUUGUCAUCUGGUUGGGAGAUUUGAACUACAGACUUUGCAUGCCUGAUGCCAAUGAAGUGAAGAGUCUUAUUAAUAAGAAUGACCUUCAGAGACUCUUGAAAUUGGACCAGCUAAAUAUUCAGCGCACACAGAAAAAAGCUUUUGCUGACUUCAUGGAAGGGGAAAUCAAGUUUAUCCCCACGUAUAAGUAUGAUUCUAAAACAGACCGAUGGGAUUCCAGUGGGAAAUGUCGGGUUCCAGCCUGGUGUGACCGAAUUCUCUGGAGAGGAAUUAACGUUAAUCAGCUUCAUUACCGGAGUCACAUGGAACUGAAAACCAGUGACCACAAGCCUGUUAGCGCCCUCUUCCACAUUGGGGUGAAGGUUGUGGAUGAACGGAGGUACCGGAAAGUGUUUGAAGAUAUUGUACGCAUCAUGGACAGAAUGGAAAAUGACUUCCUUCCUUCCUUAGAACUCAGCCGGAGGGAGUUUGUGUUUGAGAAUGUGAAGUUUCGGCAACUACAAAAGGAGAAGUUCCAGAUCAGCAACAAUGGACAGGUUCCCUGCCAUUUUUCUUUCAUCCCUAAGCUUAAUGACAGCCAGUACUGCAAGCCAUGGCUUCGGGCUGAACCUUGUGAGGGCUACUUGGAGCCAAAUGAGACUGUGGACAUUUCCCUUGAUGUGUAUGUCAGUAAAGACUCUGUGACCAUCCUGAACUCAGGGGAAGAUAAGAUUGAAGAUAUUCUUGUCCUUCACCUGGAUCGAGGCAAAGAUUACUUCUUGACCAUCAGUGGAAAUUACUUCCCAAGUUGUUUUGGUACAUCCUUAGAGGCUUUGUGCCGAAUGAAAAGACCAAUCCGAGAAGUUCCUGUUACCAAACUCAUAGACUUGGAGAAAUCCCUGCUGCAGAUGGUUCCCUUGGAUGAAGGUGCCAGUGAGAAACCUCUUAAGGUCCCCAAGGAGAUCUGGCUCCUGGUAGAUCACUUAUUCAGACACGCCUGUCACCAGGAGGACCUGUUCCAAACCCCUGGAAUGCAGGAGGAGUUACAGCAGAUCAUUGAUUGUCUGGAUACCAGCAUUCCCAAGACAAUCCCUGGCAGUAAUCACUCAGUGGCUGAGGCGCUGCUCAUUUUCCUGGAAGCCCUGCCAGAGCCUGUCAUCUGUUAUGAGCUCUAUCAGCGAUGCCUCGACUCUGCUCAGGAUCCCCGGAUCUGCCGACAGGUGAUUUCCCAGCUUCCAGGAUGCCAUAGAAAUGUUUUUCGUUACUUGAUGGCAUUCCUUCGAGAACUGUUAAAAUUCACUGAGUACAACAACGUCAGCGCCAACAUGAUCGCUACUCUCUUCACUAGCCUCCUCCUAAGGCCUCCACCCAACCUUAUGGCAAGACAGACUCCAAGUGACCGCCAGCGUGCUACCCAGUUCCUUCUGAGUUUUCUGCUUGGGAGUGAUGAAGACUAAUAAUAAGCCUUUUCCUCUUACUACUCUACAAGAUUCUAGAGGCGGAAGAUCUUGGGCACCAAGUAUUUCAGAAUGAUUUGAAAAGAUAUGCCACAGGAAGGGUCUGUUGCAGAAUUUUGAGGCUGUUGGCAUGAAAAAGUUCUGUUUCUAGUGCGAAAGGAAGCGAGUUUCCUAAUCCCUCCUUUACCAUACCCUACGCAGCAAGAUACUUUUAGACUUAUAUUGCCAAGCCAAAGUUACCAUAUUUUGGUGUUUUUCUGUUCUCUCUUUGUAAGGCAGAGAAAUCUGUAUUUACACUCCUUUACCUGGGGAUGUGUUUGUUGCCUUCCUGCCCAGCUGUCAUGAUUGUCCUUAGCACCUGAGGCCUAAACUCUGAGAUGUUCCCAUUCUAGGCCUACAAGCACUACUUGCUGUAGCUCAGACUUGUCUGUAGUCCUUCGUCUAAAGCACUUUGGCCCCACCCCCUCCCCGUAUCACCCCCUUUGCUCUCUACUCUGCUAAUACUAUCAUGUCAAAAGAAGUCUGGGUGAAGCUUAGUGACUCCUUGGGUGUCUCCAAAAGUGAGUUAACCAUCUCCAUGUGGUUGUUACAUGCAUUUGUGCAUCUCUACUACAAUGGCAUCUGUACAUUUCUCUAACAUUGGCCUAUUAUGGAUCUGCAAUGGGUGGAACCAUAUUCUCUCGUCUCAGACCACACUUAGUAGCAGAAUGUUAGGGACUGUUAGAGAUGACAUCUCACUGAUGUGAGAGAAUCACAGUCAGAGUGGAAGCACUUUGAGUGUUUCAAGAGUGAGAAUAUUCAUGCUCAACAGGUCCUGCUUCCUACCAUCCA